AUGAAGGCAGGCACUGUAUUUGCUGUUCUUGCCAUCUGCGCAUUCCGAGCUUACACCGAUGGCUUAUCGCUAGGGUUAGCACGCUCCGUGAGCGCAGCCUACGCAACCAAUGUUGUUCAACUGCUCAGGAGGCUUCGCAAAGUGCGAAGACAUGGCGAAAAGGUGGUUUUGUCUCAGUCGUGUUCCACGAAACCACCUCAUCCAACAGAGCCAGGGAAUCCUUCGUUUCUGUCGCUGUCGACGGGAGUGAGAACGUCAACCACCUUAAUUGGCGUCUUCCGGUUUGUGGGUCGUGGGAAUGUCUCGCCCGGCCUGCCGGAGUUCGAUGAAAGAUUGCCCGCCCAGUCGGCUGUCGCAAACCUCAUGGAGAAGUUUAAAAUGGAGCACGCCCCAGCCCCACUGCCACCGAUCUCGCCAGCGCUUCUAGGCUUCGUGACGCGGGUCACAGGUCUUGACCUGCAGGACACGAAGCAAACUCUGAAAUUCAGUGACAUCGUAACAGGAGAGAAAAUUACUGUGAGGACUAGAGGUCUCAUGCCUGCAACCUCCACGUGUCUGACAUUUCAUGUCGAAAGCGCGGAUCGGCGGCACCACUUUGCCUUUCGCGUCCGGGUGGCCGAAGGGGGGACCCCAGGUGUUGAAAAAAUGGAAAAUGAGGUCGCAGCCUUUGAGGAUUCCCUGAGGCUUCUUCGUCGUAAAAUGUCUCUGGAGUGCUUCUUUUCCUCAGGGCGACUACUCACGCCUCUCAGAACUCUCUCUUUAAGGCAUGUGGAAAACAAGCUUAUUCAGCAAGGCGAGUUUUCUCUUCUCAAUGAGUUUCACGUGGUUGCGAAGACAGAGGGCACGCUGGAGGACCUGCUCAGAGUUCUAGAGGCAGACGCCGAAUCAGACAGGGCCAGGUUCAGUAUUACUGCGCAGAUCACUUCGAUUCUUGACUUCCUUCACGGUGCAGGGAAGGGGCAGCCAGAGCUCCAUCCGAAGAUGUUUCUGAUUCACGAGUCGGGCGCCAUUGUGCUUGAUUUCGACAUCGUUCUUCAGGAAGGCAACGAUUUCCCGAAAACGCCGUUCGGGAACCCUGUCUGGAUGGCUCCCGAGGUGUUACAGCUUUGGACGGGACAACACUCAAGCAUUCGGUAUGAUGCGACAGUUGACGCUUGGCCUACUGGUCUCAUCUUGUAUAAGCUGUGGUGUGGAACUCUGCCGUUCGGGCUAGACGACAGCAAACCGCUGGACAAUCUUUUGGCGGUAAUGCAAGAUGCGCUUGUUCGCAUUAACAGCUCCGAACUGAGUUUUGAUGGUUGUCCCCCCAUUCCUCGAGUUAUUCAGGGUCUGAUACAAGGACUUUUGAGGAAGGGAUGGGACAGGCUCAAACCUGGGUACCUGAUUCGAAAGACUGCGGUAUUGAGAACUGCUACGCCAGACGAGAUCGCUUCAAUUUUGUCUGAUAGGUGA